AAAAGGGGGAAAAAGCAGACGGCUCUGUUAUCCACUGCUCCCCCCUGCAGACAGGCAGACAGGCAGACCAGAGUAGAUAUCUCCGAUUUAGUCGGGUGUCCGAUGUGGUCACUUCCUGGAUAGACUGUUUUUCUUUAUUUUUUUUGAAUUUGAAAAACGCAUUUUGUCAGACUUCAGUCCACGAACCAAGUAUACAAUUCAGCCAUCGGAUUCCUGCGUUAUUACUUCAUUAUUUUCUUUAUUUGUUGGUUAACAGAGAGGAGAUUGGUUAACGUUGGUCACGAUCAAAGUUGGCGAGUAAGCUAACGCUAACGGUAGGGCUGUGUUUUACUCGAGCCAUGUCCGCUUCUGCUGGAUGCUCCCCGGCGGGCCAUAGCUCAGGCCCGGGCACCGGAAUUACCAUAUUUCGUUGGCUAGAAGUGCUGGAGAAAGAAUUUGACAAGGCAUUCGUGGACGUGGAUCUCCUGCUCGGGGAAAUAGACCCAGAUCAGGUCGACAUUACGUACGAGGGUCGGCAGAAGAUGACCAGCCUCAGCUCCUGUUUUGCUCAGCUGUGUCAUAAAACCCAGACGGUCUUCCAACUCAACCACAAACUAGAGGCUCAGUUGGUGGACCUGCGUUCUGAGCUGACUGAGGCGAAAGGGGAGCGGGCGUUGGUAGAAAGAGAGGUCCAUGACCAGCUCCUGCAGCUUCAUGCUCUUCAGUUGCAACUUCACACUAAAAAAGGCCAAGCUGAGGACUCUGAUACAAUCAAGGACAGACUGCCUACACCACCAGUGGAAAAUAUGGAAAAGGAGCUGGAGGCUAGUAAGAAGGAGAAAUUAGUAGAGGCAACGCUGGAUGCUGAAGUGAGACUAUAUAAGAAGGAAAAUGAGGCCCUUCGCAGGCACAUGGCAGUACUGCAAGCCGAAGUGUACGGAGCCAGACUGGCUGCUAAAUACCUCGACAAGGAACUGGCUGGAAGAGUGCAGCAGAUCCAAUUACUAGGCCGUGAUAUGAAAGGGCCAGCACAUGAUAAGCUAUGGAACCAGCUGGAGGCAGAGAUUCACCUUCACCGUCAUAAGACUGUCAUCCGUGCAUGUAGAGGUCGCAACGAUCCUAAGAAACCACUCCCCUCUCCAGUGGGGCAUAACCCAGACCUACUGAAGAAAACCCAGGGAGUGGGCCCUAUCAGGAAGGUGGUGCUAGUGAAAGAUGAUCAUGAGGGGCUGGGAAUUUCUAUUACAGGUGGGAAGGAGCAUGGUGUUCCCAUUCUAAUUUCAGAGAUCCAUCCAAGUCAGCCUGCAGACAGAUGUGGAGGUCUGCAUGUUGGAGAUGCCAUCCUUGCUGUCAACAGUAUUAAUUUGAGAGAUGCUAAACACAAAGAGGCGGUCACUAUUUUGUCCCAGCAGCAAGGACAGAUCGAGUUUGAGGUGGUAUAUGUGGCUCCAGAGGUGGACAGUGAUGAUGAGAAUGUGGAGUAUGAAGACGACAGUGGCCAUCGCUACCGACUUUACCUGGAUGAACUGGAGGACAGCAGCACAGCGCCAACUAUCAACAGCUCGGCAUCAUUGCAGGCGCUGGAGAAGAUAUCACUGAGCAGCGGAGCAGAGAAUGGAGAUACUGGGAUCUCCAGUGAGACCCCUUCAGAGGAAACAUCUUCAAAGCCUCCUGUGACUGACUGUUCCUACUAGAGGCUCAGCAAAGGUCGUUGGUAUAUAAAGGUAAUGAGAUUGGUUGGGAAAAUUCCUCUCUAAGAACUGAAUCAAAGAAUUCCAAAAAGAGCCCAGUGAGGGACACGGAAAAAUAAACAGGAGGUGUCUGUUUUUGCUUCUUUCUCUUGGUUCUGGAGUGGUGGGAUUAGGGCAUUUAGCCUUGGGUUGUGGCAAUGAUUAGGUCUUAAAGGUCAGCAGACUUGUUAGCUAUGUAGUGGGGGAGUGAUGAGGAAUAACGUGUAGCAUUUUUUGAGAUAUUUAAAGAAAAGUGGUGGGUAUUGCUAGGGAGGCAUUAUAUGAGAAAAGAACAGGGGUUAGAUUUCACUAAGCUAUCUUGUUGGUACAGUUACUCCAGAUUGAAGAUUUCAGGGAGACACUUCCAAAGUAUUUGCAUCAGUCCAGUGGUGACCCGAGGAGAGUGUAAAAUAUAUCAAAACUGAAAUUAAUGGAAAAAAACUAUUUGAAAUGACUCGAUAAAAUAUCAAUAUCAACAAAGUUCAAAUUUAAAAAACAUCUGAAGUAAAUAUUAAAUGGAAAAAUGCUGUUUAUUCUUACCUGCCAUCACAAUACACAUAUUAACCAAUUGGUUAAAAAUCUAACAAUUUAGUAGCAAUCGGUUUUAGUCCCUCUCAUUUGACCUAGAAAUAGAGGGCUUUCAGGUGAAAAUGUAUUCACCCCACCAAAAAAACAGUGGCUAUAAAAAAGGCAAUUGUUUCUUGCCUUAUGGAUUUGUUUCCUUCAUCAUAAAGGGUUGAUAAAUUCCAUUCUGGGGUUGCAGCCGUCUGUUCUAUAACUAGUCAGCGCAUACCUAGUGUAUUUUUAAUAAAGUAAUACCCCAUACUACAUUCAUUAACACAAAUUCCGUAUAAAGUCAAUAAGAACCAGUUCUUGGCAAAGCAAUUUAAUAAUGAAGACAGUCAUAUAACCAUUUGGAUAGAAAGGAAUAGGUCUAGAUAUUUCUAAAGCAUAAACAUUAAGAAAGCAUAGUAUACAACAUUUAAUGCUUGACGUUGAAAUUCCUCUCCUCUUUCCUUAUGGCCAUUGUAGUUAUUGGUGACCGCGCUUGUCAUACGAGUUUAUGACCUCGUAACCCAUUGCUGGUAUUGUAUUCUGUUAAUGAGGUAGGAGAAUAUUCCACUGAUAUUAUCCCUGAUCACAGCUUUCGAACCUAGUUCCAUCCCUAACAUGUGUUUGCAUUCUGUUGGAUAUACAGGAGUGAGCACAAUAUCACUUGAAUGAUGUAAUAUAAGUGAAUGCAGUAAAUUUUUAUGAUGGGGUCUUUCUAGUUUACAUGUAUCGCUAUAUACUUUGGUAUUGUUUUCCAUGUGUAUCACAAUUUUAUUUUGUAACACUUUAUAUUGUCAAGAACACGUUACAAUAUAAUGCAGAAAAUGCAACUAACUGAAUUGUUGUAUCAGUGGCUCCCAGACACCCAUCUUACCAGUGUACUGUUUAUUGCAAAGAUGUUCACUUCAAUAUUUUACUUUACUCAAGUAUGUGUCCGCAGAACUGGUAGCUGCCAGUGGUCUGGCCAAAAUGAAGUCAAGUAGCUUGAAUCCGUUGUAUGCUCUUACUCUAUGACCCAACAGUAUUGACAUGUCCAGUGAUUUACCUUUUUUUUUUUUUGUCUAUUCCCUUGCAGAUUGAUUUGUUUCUCUAAACUCUUCACAUGUAUCAUGUUCAUCUUUAUAUAUUCAUGUUCAAGUUUAAAAUUUUAUUUAGCCUUAAAUAAAGUUUGGUUUCAAUUUGA